AUGGUGUCUGCAAUAGCAGAACUAAUUGGGAACCUAAGUCAUGUUCAUGAAGAAGGAUGCAACUUGUUUAGUGGCCAAUGGAUUUUUGAUCCUUCGCAAACCCCUUCGUACGACUCCUCGACCUGCCCUUUCAUCGAUUCUGAAUUCGAUUGCUUAAAAUUCGGCCGCUUGGAUCGAUUUUACCUCGAGUAUUCGUGGAGACCUUCGUCUUGCAAUCUACCUAGGUUUGAUGGUGUACAACUUCUAAGAAGGUGGAAAGGAAAGAACAUAAUGUUUGUGGGAGAUUCACUAAGUUUAAAUCAGUGGAAUUCUUUAGUAUGUUUGCUGCAUGCAGCAGAUCCAAAGGGCAAGACAUCCUUCGUCAGGGGUAACCCCAUAUCUUACGUAACGUUUAAGGAUUACCAAGUGAGUGUAUCUCUCUACACGAGCCAUUACUUGGUAGAUGUUGUCAAAGAAGCAAAAGGACGUAUCCUAAAACUCGACUCAAUUACACAAGGAAACGCUUGGAGAGGUAUGGACACCUUGAUAUUCAACACAUGGCAUUGGUGGCCACAUGUUGGAGAUGCUCAAGAUUGGGACUUCAUCCAAUAUGACUCCACCAUAACCAAAGAUAUGAACCGUCUAUUGGCAUUCGAGAGAGGGUUGACCACUUGGGCUAACUGGAUUGACCAAAACGUUGACCCUUCCAAGACCAAAAUCUUCUUCCAAGGGAUUUCUCCCAAUCACUACAGGGGACUAGAAUGGGGGUCAAGAUCAAGCUGCCUUGGGGAACAAAGACCCUUGAAUGGAUCAACAUACCCAACUGGGAGGCCUAAGGAAGCUAAAGUUGUCGAUAAAAUUUUGAGUAGAAUAAAGAAACCGGUUUAUCUGCUCGACGUCACAACCUUGUCACAGUUGAGAAAAGAUGGGCACCCGUCGAGAUACAGCACAGACCGUAGUGGUAACGACUGCAGCCACUGGUGCAUUCCUGGCUUGCCUGACACUUGGAAUCAACUUCUCUAUGCAGCCAUUAUUUGA